ACCAUUAGCCAAAUCUCCUAAACAUGGCAUUGAAUGGCUACAUACCCCUAGGCCUUAUUGUUCUUCUUGGCUCAUUCCAUUACAACAAUGCUACUGAUGCCACAUAUUCCCCUACCUACGGCAUUUCUUCAUUCAACCGAAGCAAUUUCCCCAUAGAUUUCAUUUUCGGGGCUGCAUCAGCUUCUUACCAGUUUGAAGGUACAACAAACAUUACACGACAAAGUAUGUGGGAUUAUUACUCUCAAACAUAUCCAGAGAAGAUAGCAGAUGGAAGUAAUGGAUCUGUAGCCAUCGAUCAAUAUCAUCGCUAUAAGGAUGACGUAAAGCUUCUGAAGGAUAUGGGUGCAGAUGCAUACAGGUUCUCAAUCUCAUGGACCCGAAUCUUACCAACCGGAAAGCUUAGCGAUGGUGUGGACGAGGAUGGAGUCGCAUACUACAACGAUCUCAUUGAUGAGCUCAUAAACCAAAAUCUUAUACCCUUUGCCACAAUCUUUCACUGGGAUAUUCCCCAAGCCUUAGAAGAUGAGUAUGGUGGUUUCCUAAACGAAACAGUUGUGGAUGACUUCCUGGACUUCGCGGGGGUUUGCUUCCAGAGGUUUGGCGAUAGGGUAAAGCAUUGGAUCACGCUAAAUGAGCCAUGGACGUACAGCAAUGGUGGAUACGGAGUCGGGAUGUUAGCACCUUUCCGAUGUUCCAGUUUUAUUGACCCGACUUGCACUGGUGGGAAUUCCGGCGUCGAGCCUUAUAUGGUUGCCCAUCACCUUCUUCUUGCUCAUGCUGCUGCUGUUAACCUGUACAGGACCAACCAAUCAUUUCAGGAACAAAACGGUUCUAUCGGGAUAACCCACGUGUGCUACUGGAUGGAGCCAUACUCUAACUCAACGGAAGACCAAGAUGCCGCUUUACGUGCCCUUGAUUUUAUGUGCGGAUGGUUCUUGGACCCUAUGAAAACUGGUGACUAUCCAAAAAGCAUGAGAACUCUGGUUGGAACGCGAUUACCCAAUUUCACCCAAAAUCAAUCGGAUAUGCUCAAGGGCUCAUAUGAUUUUAUCGGAUUGAAUUACUAUACCUCUAAUUAUGCUGCCAACGCACCUUCAUAUGGAUCAUUGGUCAACAAAUCCUACGCGACAGAUGGUCUUGUUAAUCAAACCACUUCUCGUAAUGGGAUCCCUAUUGGUCCAGCGACUGGUUCACCUUGGCUCUUCAUUUAUCCUAGAGGACUUCGUGAUCUUUUGAACUACACAAAGUAUAAUUACAAUGAUCCAGUCAUUUACAUCACUGAGAAUGGAGUUUCUGAGUACAAUAACGCCAGCUUAACGAUCGGGGAAGCUCUUGUGGAUAGCCAAAGAAUCGAAUAUCAUUAUGGCCAUCUUUCCUAUCUUAACUUGUCAAUUGGGGAUGGUGUGAAGGUCAAGGGGUACUUCGCUUGGUCUUUCAUGGAUAACUAUGAGUGGAACUCGGGUUAUACAGUUCGGUUUGGCCUCUAUUAUGUAGAUUAUAAAGAUGGACUAAAAAGAUAUAAUAAAACAUCGGCUACUUGGUUCCAGAACUUCCUCCAUAUUAAUCACUCAUAUCAAGCACCUCCUCCACAGUCCAUUUCUGUCAAAUAUAGCUCGGUGCCCUCCUCGUCUCCACCUUCAAGUAUAUGGUUCCCUGAUACUGCAGCAACGAACUAUUUCACAUCAGAUUUUGCCAACUUGAAUCUAGAUGCAACAUCGUACCAUGGAUCUGACCAAGUUAGCAUUGGCGGUGGCAGCACCCUUCCUAUCCAAAAUAUUGGCUUUGCUCACUUAGAAUCACCAUCUGGAUUUGCGCACCCGGGCACCUCUUAUUCAGGGCCACGUUAGGAAUGGUUUGUAUGAGCUGCCUACUGGUGUUUUCACUCCAACCUCAUCUGCUUCAACUCCACAUGCCAUGCUUGGUGAACGGACCUCUUCUCAUCAGUGGCACUCAUGUCUUGGACAUCCCAGUCCCCGCACCACUUCAUUUACUGUUAGAAAUUUUCAGCUUCCUAUUACUAAUAGUCCGCGCAUAUCACAAUGUUCUACUUGUCCUUUAGCUAAGUCUCCCACAUCCCCCCACCCCCUCUUGCUCUCUUAAACCCUUUCAGCUUGCUUUUCUUGAUGUUUGGGGACGGGCUCCUGUGCCUUGCUCUAAUGGUUCUCAGUUCUACUUAUCUGUAGUUGAUGAUUAUUCUAAAUAUUUAUGGCUCUUUCCACUACAA